UUUUUUUCGAAAAAAUACGUAGUCAUUUUAUCAAAAUAAAAAUCGUCAUAUUAUUUAAUCAUCAUGUCUGAUAAUUCUGAUAUUGAUAAUUCGACUAGUACUAAUAAUGAAUGGAUUGAAGAAGCUAUCAAAAAAAAUUAUUUUAAAUAUUAUGAUUUCAAAAAUUUUAAUAAUAUACAAGAAAUUGGUUCCGGUGGAUUCGGAAAAGUUUUUCGGGCAAAUUGGAAAAAGACAGAACAAUAUAUGGCUUUAAAAUCUUUUUUUAAACUUGAUAACGUUACGGUUGAAGAGAUUAAACGUGAGGUAAUGCUUCAACGUGAAGUUGAUUUUCAUAAUAAUGUUAUUCGUUUCUUUGGAAUUACAAAAUAUGAACCAGAUAAUUCAAAUGAUAUAUUGAAUAAUUAUUUAUUGGUAAUGGAAUUUGCUGAUAGUGGUACGCUUCAAGAUUAUUUGAAGAAUAAUAUUAGUGAGCUUACUUGGAUAAAAAAAUUAGAUAUCGCUCAUCAAUUGGCUUGUGCCAUCUUAUGCUUACAUGAUGAAGGGAUUGUACAUCGGGAUUUGCAUUCCAAAAAUAUUUUGGUUCAUCAAGAUACCGUCAAAUUGGCUGACUUUGGAUUAUCAAAGAGGAUUGAAGAAACAUCAAAUGAUAAACAAUAUUCAAAAAUAUUUGGUAUUAUUCCUUAUAUUGAUCCAAAGAAAAUAACCGAUCGAAAAUAUAAGUUAAAUGAAAUGAGCGAUGUUUACAGUAUUGGAGUAUUGUUAUGGGAGAUAUCCAGUGGUAAACAACCUUUUUAUGGUGAAAGUGUAGCAUAUGAUAUUGGUUUGAUUUGUGGCAUUGCGAAAGGUUCUAGAGAAAAUCCUAUUCCUGGUACACCUAAUGCUUAUGUUAAGCUCUAUACAAGAUGUUGGGAUGGAGAACCAACUUUGCGUCCAAACAUGAAUGAAGUAGUUGAUCAAUUAAAAGAAAUUAUGUCUUCGAUUGACGAAAUUAACGAAAAUGGUUUAUAUAAUAUUGUAAAUGAAUCACAUUCAAAUAUUGAUGAAACUUCUUCUAACGCUUCUAGUAUUGGUUUAAGUAAAUUAAUUACAAAUGAAGUAGUGGAAUAUUUUGAACAUGAAAAGAAAGAAUUAAUAAAUAAAGUAGUAGAUAAAUUAAAUGAGAUUAUUUUUGAUGAAAAGAAAGAGUUGAAAGAUUCUAUUAUUUAUGAUCAUUGUAAAAAAAAUGAUAUCGAUCCAAAAGAAAUUCAUAAUUGGUUAUUAGAUAAUCAAAAUGAUUCAAAUCAUAUUUCUUUACUUGGAAUCUUUAAUUAUUUAGGAAUUGGAACUAGCGUCAAUAAGAAAAAAGCUGUUGAGUUAUAUAAAAGAGCGGCAAACCUUGAUCAUAGCGUGGCUCAGUAUAAUCUUGCUUGUAUGUAUAAAGAAGGAAAAGAUAUUUAUCGAGAUAAUCAAGAAAUUGUUCAAUUACUUAAAAAAUCAGCUAAAGGGGGUUAUUUAAAUGGAAUAAAUAUGUUAGGGGAAUGUUAUUACGUUGGAAUCGGAACUAGCAUUGAUAAGGAAAAAGCAUUUAAAUUAUUUGAAGAAGCAGCAAAUUUAGGACAUCAUGAAGCUCAAUAUAGACUUGGUAAAAUGUAUAGAGUUGAUGAUAGUGUUGAUAAAGAUGAUGAUAAAGUAUUUGAAUUGGCUAAAAAGUCAGCUGAAGGAAAAAAUUUAAAUGGAAUGAAUCUGUUGGGAAUAUGUUAUAAAAUUGGAAUUGGAACUAAUGUUGACAAGAAGAAAGCAUUUGAAUUACUUAAAGAAGCAUCAGAUUUAGGUCAUAAGGUAGCUAAACGUAAUCUUGCUGCAUUAUAUAAAAAAGGAGAAGGUACAAUACAAAGUUAUGAUAAAGCUACUGAAUUGUAUAAAGAAUUAUAUAGUGAAGGAUAUUCAAAUAUGUUAGGGGCUGUGUUAGAUUGUUUUGAUCUUGAUAAUGAUGAAAAAGGUGAAAUUAGAGAAAAGGCUGGAGGAAAAUCUACAAGUUUAGUCAAUACUUUUAUUGAUGGAAUGAGUGAAUUUGAAAAGCUUAGCUUUCAUGAGUUUAUAGCAGAAUUUGGUGAACCUUUAAUCAAGCUUAAUCCUAACGAAAUUGCUGAAAAUUAUAAAACUGGGGAAGGAAUUUUUAAAAAUAUAAAAAAUUUAUUUUAUAGGAGUGCAGAUGAAAUUAAAAAAUUAAAAAAUUAA